AUGGAGAAAAUCCUCCACCCGAUUGCAAUCCUUAAACAGGCCAACAGAUGCACGCAUGCAUUCCAGGCUCUUGACAAAACCGUCCAGAGUCUGCCGGAUGAAUUCCACGACCGCGUCUCAAACAUCCAGGGACUCGCCAAAAAGUCUCUUCGCGAAUACGUAAGGGAAGGGCUACACUAUCUCGUAAGUGAGUUUCCCAUCCUGCAUUUCUCCGGCUACAUGGUUGGAACGCGCGGGCCUUAUGCUUUGUGGGAUUAUCGCCUGCGGAAUAGUCCCGAGCUGAGGCAGGGAAUACUUCUGGUGCUUCAAGAGGUUCAGAAUGAGCUGGAGCACACGGAACAGAGUAUCAAGAAGGUUACCCCCAAGGAGAAAGCCGCCGUGAAAACGGGAAGCUCAGCACCGAAGCAGGUCGAGGCGUGGUUGUGGAAUCUAAGCCGGAUCAGACAGAACCUGAGACAGCUGGUCAUAAUGUUCGAGUCGAUGUAUUGGUCCAGCACUUACCCGGCCAUGCUUGGGUUCGCAGGCCACUCGUUCUACCUCGCCAUCCGCUCCGAAUUGGGCAGGGAUGUAGCCUGGCGGUUCCGGCAAUGCAUUCAGCCAGCCAUUCUCAAGGUGUGUCCGAUCCUCGACCGACGCCCCGACCUUCUGCGCCGACUCGUCGACUUGGUUGUGCAGCGGCGGGAGUACUGGAACUUCUACCGGCGGAUGCGAGGUCAGACCGCCGAGGGGGUUCUCAAGGGAACCGAUCUCUACGACACCAUCGAUAACGCCACUAACGAUAUAGCAUUCACCAGCCCUUUCUGCUUCUUCCAGUUCGCAGAAAGCUUCCGGGAAAACAGGGAGAACUGGUUGUACCACGUGAUGAGCGACCUGGAGGGCUACGUCUGCAUAUACGGGACCUGCCCUUCGAGCAAGUCGAUGCCCACCAUCUGUUCGCACUCCUUCCUGACAUAUACCGAAUGGUUCGACGCCAUGACCGGACCGUUCGUGGGCGGCGCAGAAUGGUGCUCCAAGUCGUUCUCCUGUGAUGGUGCCCCGCUCGAAGAAUUGGGGAGAUAG